GCCGGGCCUACUAAAGUGUGCGCACACGUAAGAAAUUAAGUUUUUUGUUUUUAUUAACUUCUUUAAAAUGCCGAAAAAGAAGACCGGCCAGCGCAAGAAGGCCGAGAAGCAGAAGCUGCGGCUCAAGGAGAUUCGCAGCCGGGAGGUGUCCUUGGCGGAUGUGCCCUGCAACGCGCCCAUGGAGUGCGACAAGUGCGAGAAGAAACAAAAGUCUCGAGCCUUCUGCUACUUCUGCCAAAGUCUGCAGAGACUGCCGAUUUGCGCCCAGUGCGGCAAGAUCAAGUGCAUGCUGAAGACGGGUGACUGUGUGGUGAAGCACCCCGGAGUCUACACCACUGGACUGGGCAUGGUGGGGGCCAUCUGCGACUUCUGCGAGGCCUGGGUCUGCCACGGACGCAAGUGCCUCCAGAACCACGCCUGCACGUGUCCGCUGCAGAAUGCCACCUGCCUGGAGUGCGAGCGCGGUGUGUGGGAGCACGGCGGCCGCAUCUUCAAGUGCUCCUUCUGCAACGGAUUCCUGUGCGAGGACGACCAGUUCGAGCACCAGGCCAGCUGUCAGGUGCUGGAGUCGGAGAACUACAAGUGCCAGUCGUGCAACAAGCUGGGCCAGUACUCCUGCCUGCGCUGCAAGACCUGCUACUGCGAGGAUCAUGUGCGCCGCAAGGGAUUCAAGUACGACAAGAACAAGGCCAUUCCGUGCCCCAAGUGCAACUACGACACCUCGGUGACCAAGGACCUCAGCAUGUCCACGCGUUCGCACAAGUUUGGGCGCCAACAACAGGGCGGCAACAGCGACGACGAGGAGGGCUACGGCGGCUACUUCGGAGCCAGUGGCAGUGGAGGUGGCUACUAUGGUGGUGCGGCCAGUGGUGGCUACUCCUACGGCGACGAUGAUGAUGAGGAUGAGUCCGAUGAUGAUUACGAGGAUGAGAGCGAUGAGGACGACGAUGAUGAUGAGGAGGAGGAGGACGAGACCACGGAAAGUGAGCCGGAGAAGGACACCGACAAAAAGGCCAGCAAAUAGGGCUGAAUUGUUUAUACAUAUAUACAUGGCCUUUUGUUAGAUCCACCAAAGCUACAAGUUCUGUAAAAUGCAACAAGCUGCAAGUGGGCUGUGCUCCGAAGACGGAAGGUAAAUGUGCCAACGAGUUCGGCAUAAAAUUCCUGGUGGCAGGAUAACUGGGGAGCCAAGGGUGCGGAUUGGGAACGGGCAGAGAGGAGCAAUGCCAGCCCAUACGCAUACGAUGAUGGCGAUGCCAACGGCUCUGCCAGCGCCGACUUCUCUGUUGAUAGACUCAUCCAUCUCCAAUCCACUUACGAGCGCAAAUAUUUACACAAUUUACUCGAAAACGGAGGUAUGAGCAUAUAAUAUUUCCAAAAACGAUGGCAAACACACCACACACACCAAGGGAGACACGCACUUCGGCAUUUGGGAAUGUUUGGCAGUUUGGCAGAGCGGAACAGCAACAGCAACGGGAUGGGAUGGGAUGG